AUGGCUUCAGUCAUCGCCUCCCAGAUCGUCCGCCCUUCUAUCCGUCACUUUUCCGCACACCGUCCACGUCCGGAUAGCCGUGCAGCUCGCGCGGUGGCCAUGUCUUGCCUCGUCACCGGGGUUGUAUUACCCUUCAUCCCUCCUGCACUGGAAAGCUCACGCCAGCGCAACUCAGGUUCGCCGAGCAGCAAUAAGCCCCACCCACCUCUCUGUUUCCACGCUCGCUAG